UAAUCACUGUUAAGUGUAACAUGAGUAUUCUAAGAAUAUAAAAUAUAUACAUUAUUGAUCAUUGCUGACGUUUAUUCUUCCUCUUCCUGUACAUUUUCGCUGCUAUGGUAUGCUGUUUGAUCAAUACUGGAUUAUUAAACGGUUUAUGAGUUUACUUAUGUGCGACAGAUACUUAUGGCUUUUGCAAGAAUGGGACCAAGUUGAACGUUUUAAAUACAGUAUAUAAUAAGCUGUGCAAUUAAGUGCAAUGCAAAUUAUGGCGAAAGGAAACGUGAAACGUCGUAAGAUAUAUAUGUCACAUAAGUUUAACGGUUAGGCAGUAAUUAAUAAUUUUUUGAUGAUGCAUUAGCGAGCUAUACUUGCACUGUAUGCAGCAGCAACAAUUAUUUCAGAUUGCCCAAGGCUCAGAAAGCUAAUCUGUUUGUAAGUGUUCAUUAAUUAAUAGAGUAUACUUAAGAUUACAAUAUAGAUGACAUGGUUCUUUCUAAAUUUAUUAAUAUUUUACAUUUCUUCCAGAGAACAUUUGAACAUCCUGAAGUAAGAGAUAACGAGAAGUUUCAAGAUUAUAAGGAUGAUCUUUUAAAAAGAUAUAAGUUAUGUGCGUGCAGUUAUUCUUUAAAUCUUGGAAGAAUGGCUGUAGAAGGUAAAACGAUCGAAAUUAUUGGCGGAGAUACGUACAGGCAUUUUCGAAGAUCGAUGGUACCUUUUACUACCAUACCGAAAGUACAAACCGCGGACAUCCCACGCUGUUUGGAGCGCAAGGCUCUAAGCGGAAUUCUGCAAACUGUACAAAGACGAUGUUACACCGCACUCCCUAAAUCAGAGCCCUACAAAAAUGCAGAAACCCAGACGGAUUACAGAGAGAGCGAGGCGCAAACCGAACCUUGGGAGCCACCAUGUAAAAUUGUUCCAGGUCACAAUCCUGAAGUGCUGGCGUUAGCUCAUCUAACUUGGGAGCAUGGACUACCCGCAGGCGUCCAUGAGGUGCACCUUAUCAACAGGAUGCGGAUGAAGAAAGCUUGGGAAGCCGUAUUACCGCCGAUGGAUACGCCGGCCAACAUAAAGAUGCGAGAUUCAAUAAUAACGACCUUGGAGAUAGACGAAUGGGCAUUUCGAGAGUCGGAGAUUCAACUCAUAAUGGAUUUACGUCUGGAUCUGAUGAGGGACCUCCUGCAGAGUCGUGAGUCGGAAUACGAGAAAAAAAUGCAGGGUCGUUUCAGUAGGCUCGAGAACAAACUGAGCAAAUGUCGGGACAACCAAAUUAAGACUAUCAGACAUAAUCUUAAACGAGAUUUGCGAAAAUUACGUAGGAAACGUCGCGACGAGCAGCAACCUCGUAAACCCGACAUAAUUGAACGGCAUAUCGACCCGAAAUCUGACCUGUACGCACCGCAAAUGCGUUUCGGCGAACAUCCCCAAAGGCGGCACGAAAUCUUGCAGAAGCGGUUCUUAAGCGAAAGCCACAUUGAGCAACAAGAAGAAGACGCAACACUCAGUUGGUUACCAACUAUCGAGGAACCGAAAGCGAUUAAACAUGGGCCCAAACCGAUAGACAUCUGUGUACGAGAAACCAGAUGGACGGAGGAAAAACUGAAGCAACUACACUCCGACCUGAAGGCCAUACGAAUGAAAGUCAAAUCCGUGGAUGAGAGUCCAAGAUUAGUGAGGCGUAAUCACGAACUGCCGGCUUUGCCCGUCACACCGCGUAGAUCGGGCACAUGGGACAAUAAGCAGAAACAACGGGAAGAGUCUGCUACGUUUAUUCAGAAGCUUGUUAAAGGCAGAGCGAUACAGUGUAUGAUGUACAAAGGACGCGAUAGAUGCAGAGAGCUGAUCGAGGAAUUGGAAUCGACUCAAGCGCCCGAGCAGGAAGAUCAUGAUGAUGAAAAGACACACAUGAUAAAUUUGCGGCAACUACAGAACGAUCAAUCGGUACAGGAAGAUCGUUUGUGUGAGAUUCUCGAUUCCUUAGAGGGGAAGACAGUCUGUGGGACGUUAGAUUUUCUCAGCAAGGAGUUAGUGAGAUUAGAAGACGAACGUAGAGCUCACGCUUUUGCCUUGCUUGCCGAAAGAGAAAGAUGUAUGAGAGAGGCCGCCGAAGCUGGCAGGCGACAAGCGGAACGUAAUCGACGACGUGAAUUCGAUGAAAUGUUCAAGCAAAUCGUGAAAGUAAAUCAGGACUCUGUAGAAACUUACUUGGAGGACAUUGUGAGGGAUGAAAUCGAUUGGAUAUCUGAUAAAGCGGCUAAAGAACGUAUCUUAGAAGUUUGCGACAAAGUGGAUGUUAUAUCGAAACAUGCUACAGAAAACGCUGAUAAGUUGGCAGAUGAGGAAUUGGUGGCGGAUAUGAUCUACAAUUUUGUUUUACCCGAAGUGGAAAAACACAACAUGAGAGAAAAGAUUCGCGAUCAACAACAAAGUUAUAUGCGGCACGCAUAUACAUUAAUUUACGAGAAAAUUUUAGAUUUACCACCCGAUGAACCAUCGCAAGUCACAGAUCAAGAAGUUUAUGUAAAAAAUGAAGAUAUGCAAGUAAUUCGCGCGGCUACGGACCAAGAUAUCAAGACAGAAGAAUUAGAACUCCCAAUCCACGAAACAGAUAUUGAAGAUAAAAAGCGAGCAGAUUCAGAAAUAGAUUCAGAAACAGAUUCACAAAACGAUUCUUUAAUGAAAGCUCAAUAAUAUGUAUCGGAAAUCAAAGGCUACUUUGAUCUGAAAACACUUUUUAUAUAUGUUUUUUUGAAGUUGUCUAUUUAAACUUUCAAAAAUAAUCGAAUCUAUUGUGCAAAUUGAUAAAUAUAUGUAUUAACAUUGUAGUUCAAUCAAUAUAAUUCUGGUUGAAUGUUUAUAAAAUCUACGUUAAAUUUAUAUUACUCUAUCAUCAUCAAUACUAUGUAAUAAACUGUAUC